AACAACAUAGCAAGGCAGUCAGACUCCAGAAGAGCCAGAGGCAGACAGACAGAAUCUGCCUGCUGCUGAAUUGCCCCCAGCCAAGGUACACUUCUUCCCCAGCAGUUGCUGGGUAGCGGAGCAUUUCUCCUAAAAUGAAGGUUUUUGAGAUUUUCCUUCUGAUGGAAAUCGCAGGCUUCUUUCCAGUUUUUUCAAGUCCUUCCCCUGUCCACUGUCGCUGGAAUCCUUUUGGCCCCUGGUCUGAAUGCGAUGGCUGUACUAAAACUCAGAUUCGCAGACGAACAGUAGCUGUUUAUGGUCAAUAUGGGGGAAACCCAUGUUCUGGAGAUGCCUUUGAAACACAACAGUGUGUUCCCACAAGAGGAUGCCCAACAGAGGAUGGCUGUGGGGAUAGAUUCAGGUGUUUUUCAGGCCAGUGCAUUAGCAAUUCUCUUGUGUGCAAUGGAGACCAGGAUUGUGAAAAAGAUGGUGCUGAUGAAGAUCGAUGUGAAGAAGGGAGAACAGUUUGUGACAUAGAUAAAACACCUCCCAAUUCAGAACUUACAGGAGCAGGCUUUGAUGCCAUUACCAGUGAAACGAGAGGAAAUGUAAUUCAUACUAGAAGCUUUGGUGGACAAUGCAGAAAAGUGUUUAGUGGUGAUCAGAGAGAGUACUACAGGCUGAGUGAAAGUGUUCUUGCCUAUACAUUCCAAGUGAAAAUCCAGAAUGAUUUUAGCUAUGAGUUUUUUGAUAGCAAAUGGUCUUAUAUGAAACACAAGGAAGUGUCUGUAACAUCUAAUCAUGGACAUCGCUAUCAUCUGGACACAAGUAAUACUAUUGAAACAAAGAGUAAGCACUUGAUGGUCAUUGACAAUAAUGUGGAAGUUGCUCAAUUCAUUAAUAACCGUCCAGAAUUUCUCACUCUUGCGGAAGCAUUCUGGAAAGAGCUUGCCAACCUUCCUGCUGCCUAUGAACACAAUGCAUACCGAAGGCUAAUUGAACAGUUUGGAACUCAUUUCCUGCACUCUGGAUCUCUGGGAGGACAUUACAAAGUUAUAUUUUACAUGGAUACUAAUAAAAUGAAACAAGGAGGUUUGAGCAAAACCGAUAUGUACAAAUGUACUACAUCAGGGUGGAGUUUCUUCUUUAUAAAAAAGAAAAAGACUGAGUGCUCAAAACUAGAUGAAUUGUUAAAGUCAUCUUCAGGAAGCACUAAUAAUCGGAUUCAAGGUGAGCCUUAUGUAGAGGGAGGAAGUCCAUCUGCUGUUGCCAGUCUCAGUUUUCUAGACUUGGAUAAUCCUGCUGGAAAUAGUGAGAGAUAUUCCCAGUGGGCCAGAUCAGUGAAAUAUUAUCCCAGAGUAAUUAAACAAAAGCUAACACCACUAUAUGAGCUGGUAAAGGAAGUGCCCUGUGCCUCAGUCAAAAGGUAUUACUUGAAACAAGCCAUUGAAGAGUACCUGGCUGAAAAUGAUCCCUGCAAAUGUCAGCCAUGUCAAAAUGGUGGUGAACCAGCUGUCAUAGGAACUCAGUGCCAUUGUUUCUGCAAACCUUAUACUUUUGGAGCAGCUUGUGAACUGGGAACACUUUUACAAGACCAGCCAGGAGUCAUCGAUGGAAAAUGGAAUUGCUGGUCCUCUUGGACCUCUUGCUCAGGAGGAAGGAAGUCAAGGAGUCGAACCUGUAAUAAUCCACCCCCUAGUGGGGGUGGAAAGUCUUGCAUUGGUGAACAGCAUGAAAGCAAACAGUGCGAAGAUGACGAGCUCCAACAUUUUCGCUUGAUUGAACCCCACUGCUUCGAUAUGUCCGUGAUGCCUACAGAAUCCUGCCCACAACCACCUUCCUUAGAAAAUGGAUUUGUUCAAGAUGCUGAAAACUCAUAUCCUGUUGGGAGAAGUGUUGUUUAUGCCUGCAGAGAUGGAUACGCCCUUGUCGGUGACCCUGCUGCUAAGUGUGGCGAAGAUUUAAAGUGGCACACUGGGAACAGGCGAUGCCAGAAAACUUCUUGCGUCUUACCUGUUCUGGGGGCGCAUAUGAAGGGACAGCCACAAAAAACUUCAUACCAGGUAGGAGAGAAGGUGACUCUGUCCUGUCCGCAUGGCAUGCAGUUGGAAGGGGCAGCUGUUAUAAUGUGUGAGCCCAGUCUCAAGUGGUCUCCUGAUGUGAACAGUAUCCAGUGCAUGAGAAGAGUGCCCACUGUGAAAACAGAACUGACAGAACCUAAAUGUCAGCCAUGGGAGAAACUGCAGCAGUCACAAUGUGUAUGUAAAAUGCCCUAUGAGUGUGGUUCUUCCCUCGAUGUCUGUGCUAUAGAUCCCAGAAGCCAGAGAAAUGUGGCUUUAACUGUUUGUAAGAUGCAUGCCCUUCAGUGUAUGGGCAGAAAAUACUCUCUGACCAGGGAUGAAAACUGCAGAAUGCCUGCAGCAACUGAAAAAUCUUGUGGUUCCUGUCAUUUAUGGGAAACUUGUGAUGAGCAAACCAACAGAUGCAUCUGUCGUGAAGAUGGGCAAUGUGAGGAGGGAGGAAUGAGCAUUUGCAUUGAAGGGAGUGAGAAUGUCACUAAUCAGACGAUAACUGAAUGUGAGGCUGGGCUCCUCAAGUGCCAGGGGGAGGAUGUCACUAUUGUCAGCAUAAGACCCUGUGAGGCACAGAGUGAAGAAGAUAUUUAAUGGUUCAUUUAGCUUAUUGCCACAGGACAUGGCAAAACAUGUCAACAGUUGGACAGUUCCUACAGUCUGUCAUGCUUAAAACUGCCUUUGAGUUUGUUUAUUCCUUUCUGUGUACAUAGGCAGACAAGGGUCUUUGGGUAAAUGUGAUAACUUUUAUUAGACCAACUAAAUAGUUGGAAAAAUUGUUCUUUGCAAGCUUUCGGGCACACACUUAACUCACCAGAUGGAAGCUUUGACAUGAAGCCCAUUGAAAUCAAUAGGAGCCUGCCCAUCAGCUUCAAAGGACUUUGAAUCAGGGGCUCAGGUACUCAGAAUGAGCAUUUCCAAUGAAGCUCACAUAAGGACUACAGGUCUGUGCCUAUUGCUUGUGAAGGGCAAGUGUGCUUUACUUUUCCCUCAGGAUUAAAUCAUCCCUGAUUAAGCAUCUAAAGCAUGUAAAUUAAUUUGGAGAAAAAAAAUCUUACACAGAUGUGCAAACCUAUAUUGAUCAAACUGGCUGGUAGAGCGUAAGGCAAAGAACACCCUAUUAAUGCAAUAAGAUCUAUGAUUAGUCUCUUUUUACUGAGUACAUUUAUUCCCAGCCUGCCUUAUUCAAUUAAGCAAACAACAUACACAGAACUGUACCUGUCACUGAGCCUGAAGCUUCUAAAGGUCAAGCCAGUGUGCAUUACUAAUGAAGGCAACUUUAAAUAAUGGAAAGGAUUGCUAUGCUGCUCCUUCUUGUACACAAAUCUGCUUCAGUCAAAUGCAGCCUUAUUUUAUAUUAUGCUGACUUUCAUCAACCGCUGGGUUUUUGAACAGAGGUGCCUACAGUGCAUUGUCUAUAUUUGUUAUGUAUUUACAAAAAGUCAAGUUUACAUAUGGCAAAAAUGUAUAAUAAAAUAUUUUCUCAAAGGAAA